UUGCAACUUUCUUCCCGGCAUCUGCCUUAUACUUUCGAGAAGCCGUAGGGCCCGCUUUUUGAGUCGGCUACUACCUAUAUAUUUGCCGUCCCUGGAACUUGCAAGAGCUAUAGUACCCAAGUAGAGCCCUUGUUUUUCCGAUCUAUUCUUUCCGCAAUUACAUCUGCCGAGGAUACACUCCAAGGUUUUUAUUACGCAGCUCGAUCUCUCCUUGCCCUGAACAUUCCUUGUUCUGCGCACAAUCCCGUCCGCCCACCAUGUUGUCUCGAAGCAUAGCUGUCGUCUCUCGCAUGGCGCCCAUGCGCCAUUUGCGCCCAUCUCCUGCGUUCCGCCAAGGGCUUCCCAGCCUUGUCCGGUAUUAUGCAGACAAGAUCAUCCAGGUGCCACCCAUGGCCGAGUCCAUAUCUGAGGGCACUCUCAAGCAAUUCUCCAAGUCCAUUGGCGACUACGUCGAGCAGGAUGAGGAGAUUGCCACCAUUGAAACCGACAAGAUCGAUGUCGCUGUCAAUGCGACAGAAUCCGGUAUCAUCAGAGAGUUCUUCGUCAACGAAGAAGACACCGUGACGGUUGGCCAGGACUUAGUUCGUGUUGAGCUUGGUGGCGAGAAGCCAGCCGAGUCGGAGAAGCCCAAGGAGGAGCCUGCCGCCUCAAAACCUGCCGCAGAGGCAGAGAAGCCCAAGUCACAGCCCGAACCUGUCCAGGCCGAGAAGCCAGCCCCCCCUCCCCAGCCCAAGGAGCAGCCCCAAAAGAAGAGCCAGCCUGAGCCUGCUGCGGCGUCACAGUCUGAGCCGGCAACUGGAAACCGUGAGGAGCGAAGGGUCAAAAUGAACCGUAUGCGACUACGUAUUGCCGAGCGUCUCAAGCAAUCUCAGAACACCGCUGCAUCACUGACGACAUUCAACGAGGUCGACAUGUCCAACAUUAUGGAGUUCCGAAAACUCUACAAGGAGGAGAUGCUUAAGAAGACUGGUGUGAAGCUGGGCUUCAUGAGCGCCUUCUCUCGUGCUGCCGUGCUGGCGAUGCGAGACAUCCCCGCAGUCAAUGCGUCCAUCGAAGGUCCCAAUGGUGGCGACACCAUUGUCUACCGCGACUAUGUCGACAUCAGUGUUGCCGUUGCCACGGAGAAGGGUCUGGUUACCCCCGUUGUGCGAAAUGUCGAGUCGCUGGAUAUGAUCAGCAUCGAGAAGGCCAUUGCUGAUAUGGGUAAGAAGGCUCGCGAUGGCAAGCUCACGAUUGAGGAUAUGGCUGGUGGAACAUUCACCAUCAGCAACGGCGGCGUGUUUGGAUCUCUCAUGGGAACCCCGAUUAUCAACCUGCCUCAGAGCGCUGUCCUGGGUCUUCACGCCGUCAAGGACCGCGCCGUGGUGGUUAACGGAAAGGUGGAGGUUCGGCCAAUGAUGUACUUGGCCCUGACAUAUGACCAUCGUCUUCUCGACGGCAGGGAAGCCGUCCAAUUCCUGGUCAAGAUCAAGGAAUACAUCGAGGACCCCAGAAAAAUGCUACUAUAGGAGCUUUCACAAGCACAGCUAUACAUCACACAUGGUUAGGUGACUUACUUUUCCUCUGAUAUCUACGGUUGCUUGUCCUUGGUGUUUUUUUCGGUGUUAUAGAAUGUACAAUUAUGCAGCUUGCUUUUUUUAAUAAAGUAUAAGCUUAAUGCUGUUAAUAUUUU